AUGACUGCGAAGGCUAGAGGCCGGGACCAUUCCACGUCGACAGGUCAGGUAGAGAAGGCCCCAGAAUCGACCACCAAGUUCAGCGAUGGCGCAUCCGACGAAUUCGAGUUCGGCGGCUCCCUUGGAGUCACCGCGUUGAUGCUCGGUUUUCCCCUGUUGAUGUGGUACAUGUGGAUCGGCGCAACAUACUACAACGGGCACCUCCCCUUGCCCGACGACAACCAGACCUGGCGCGAGUUCGUUGGUCACCUGCUUGAUCUCGUCUACGAGGGAGCCUAUCCAACCGCCAAAGCCUGGGCCAUCUACUGGACGUUCUUCGUCUUCGAGGCGAUCAUGUACUGCUACAUGCCAGGCGUGCUGACCUACGGCCGGCCCCUGCUCCACGAGGGCGGCAAAAAGCUCCCCUACUACUGUUCCGCCUACACCAGCUUCUACGCAACGCUCGCCGUCGCCGCGAUCCUGCACGCCACACGUGUCUUCCCGCUGUACACGCUCAUCGACGAGUUCGGGCCCAUCAUGACCGUAGCCAUCCUGUCGGGCUUCCUCAACAGCCUGAUCGUCCAUGUCCAGGCCAUUGUGCGGCGGCGGACGCACCGCCUCACGGGCUAUCCCAUCUACGACUUCUUCAUGGGCGCUGAGUUGAAUCCGCGCAUUGGAAUAUUGGACUUCAAGAUGUUCUACGAGGUCCGGAUCCCGUGGUUCAUCCUGUUCCUCAUCACCUGCUCCGUGGCCGCUCGCCAGUAUGAGACGUAUGGGUACGUCUCGGCCGAGGUGCUCUUCCUGGCCGUGGCGCAUUUCCUGUACACCAAUGCUUGUGCUAAGGCGGAGCAAUUGAUCAUCACCAGCUGGGACAUGUACUUUGAAAAGCUAGGCUUCAUGCUUACCUUCUGGAACAUGGCCGGCGUGCCCUUCACCUACUGCCACUGUGCCCUAUACUUCGCCAAUCACGACCCGGCGGAGUACCGCUGGAAUCCUUACGCCUUGACCGCGCUCUUCGUCACCUACCUCUUCAUGUACUGGAUGUGGGACACCGCCAACGGCCAAAAGAACGGAUUCCGCCAGAUGGAGAGGGGCCAGCUCAUCAAGCGCAACACCUUCCCCCAACUGCCGUGGCAGAUCAUCGAGAAACCGAAGGCCAUCGAGACGGAUGCUGGGGAUCGCAUCUUGGUGGACGGCUGGUUUGCGAUUGUGCGAAAGCCGAACUAUGUUCCCGACAUGUUCUUCUCUAUGUCUUGGGGUCUGAUCACCGGGUUCAAGAGCCCUUUCCCUUGGUUUUAUUCUAUCUUCUUUAUGGUCAUGAUCAUUCAUCGGACCAGAAGGGACAUUGAGAGAUGCCGAAGGAAGUACGGCGAGGCCUGGAAGCGGUACGAGAAUGAGGUUCCCUACUUAUUCAUUCCGGUAAGACCAAAGACGGCCUGUAUUAUGCCCCUAGGGGGAGGGGAAGCAUGA